UUAAAUUGUGAAGGCGACCCUUCUGUUCUUAUCCAGGCCACGAUCCCCCGUCCUCGUUUUCAGUUCCCCACGAUCGGAGACUAGAGUGACAAUGUCGACGCUUGUAGUUCCUGAGUUGGUUCCCUCUGUCACUGAAGACUGCGAGCAACUCAGAAAAGCUUUCGCAGGAUGGGGCACAAAUGAGAGGUUGAUCAUAGACAUACUGGCUCACAGAAAUGCAGCACAACGCAAGUUAAUCAGAAAAACUUAUGCUGAAACUUAUGGAGAGGACCUUCUCAUAUCUCUAGAUAAAGAACUUUCAAGUGAUUUUGAGAAAGCAGUGCUGAUGUGGACAUUGGAUCCUGCUGAACGUGAUGCAUUCUUCGCCAAUGAAGCUACAAGGAGAUGGACGUCAAACAACUGGGUUCUUCUGGAAAUAGCUUGUACAAGGACUUCACAGGAACUAUUCUUGGUUAGGCAAGCCUAUCAUGCUCGUUUUAAGAGAUCCCUUGAGGAAGAUGUUGCAUAUCAUACAACUGGGGACUUCCGGAAGCUUUUGGUACCUCUUGUGAGCUCCUACCGUUAUGAAGGACAAGAGGUGAACAUGACACUUGCAAAAUCAGAGGCUAAAGUACUCCAUCAAAAGAUUUCGGAGAAGGCUUACAACGAUGAGGACCUUAUCAGGAUUCUGACAACAAGGAGCAAAAUACAGCUUAAUGCAACAUUGAACCACUAUAACGAUGAAUUCGGGAAUCCCAUCAACAAGGAUUUGAAAGCCGAUCCCAAAGAUCAGUUCCUAGCAGCAUUGAGGGCCGCGGUGAAGUGCUUGACCUAUCCUGAGAAGUACUUUGAGAAGGUUCUUCGAUUGGCGAUCAACGGAUUGGGAACAGACGAAUGGGCUCUUACUAGAGUGGUUACUACUCGGUCUGAGGUGGACAUGAAGCAGAUAAAGGAAGAGUACUAUCGAAGGAACAGUGUCACUCUGGAGCGUGCUAUAAGCGGCGACACCUCGGGGGAUUACGAAGCAAUGCUUCUAGCUCUGAUAAUAGGACAUGGAGAAUCUUGAGCUGAGUCUCAUAUGUAUUCAGUGUGUUUCUUGAUAUCAGUUACGCAAGACCAGACCAUAUCUACCCGUACGUGUUUCUGCUUAUCCGUUUGUUUCUGAUCUCCGAGCCCCCCCUUUAUGUUACUUAAUGGUUUGUUGGGCAUGGGCCAAAAUUUAGUAUCCUAUGUGGUUCCACAGUUGCUUUUUCUAUAUGAAUAGAUUAACCCAAGGCUGGAUUAAUAGGGAAUAUACGUACGUAUCGAAGUGGAUUUACUUGUCGUUGGUUAAAUGGUUCAAGGGGGGGAUGUUUUGCAUAUGAAUAGUGUUUCGUUUCUUGUGGAAGAUGUUAUGACGGAGCUCCCCUUUUUGAUAGUGUUUGUUGGUCUUAUGUUUGAUAGAAUUUGGGCUUCUGUAGUGUUUGCCCAUUAUCUAUCUCGUAGUGCCAGUCAUGAUGUGUGGUACUAUUCUCCGCUCGAGUGGUUACGGUCGUGUACUCGUCUCAGUGUUUGUGUGAACUUUGAGCGUAGCUCUGGUGUUUUACAA